CAUCGCGAUUAGUACCUUCCGUCUCUACGCGCUCUUUCCAGCUAAAAAGAGACCCGGCGCCAAUCGUUACCAAAUCAUUAUAGAUCUCAGGAUCUAUCAUCCAGACUUUGAUCCUUAUGUUCUUGCACAAAAUCAAUCUCUAGCCUUUAUGAAUUUCUCUACUCUCCGCAUCUGCUUCCUCCAGUCCUUGUCGGUUGUAUUUCUCUAUUGGUUCUACGUUUUCUCAUGAAUUAAGCCCCAAAAUUGUCGCUUGGUCUCAUUUGAUUCUCGGAAAAGCCCAAAUCUUCUGUAUCAUUAGGCAAACUUUUUAAUCAACUAAGAUUCCUCUGUAAAAAAAAUGUCCGGGAAGGUUGCUCGCCAAUCCUCCAGCUCUGAGAACUCUGGGCUGAUGAUUGAUGAGAGGAAGAGGAAGAGAAUGGUGUCAAACAGGGACUCAGCUCGGAGAUCUCGCUUGAGGAAACAGCAGCACCUGGAUGAGAUUGUAAACCAAGUAGCUCAUCUCAAGAAUGAGAACGAACAAGUUGAGAUGCAGAUCAGUUUGCACAUGAACCAUUAUCUGAAGGUGGAAUCGGAGAACAAUAUACUGAGGACUCAGAUAAGGGAACUGACUGAUAGACUUCAAUCCAUGAAUUCUGUUCUUCGGUUUGUCGAGGAGUUCAGUGGAAUUUCUUUGGAUAUACCAGAGAUUCCAGAUCCACUAUUGAAGCCAUGGCAGCUCCCUUGUCCGGCGCCACAGAUAGCUGCAUCUGCAAAUUUGUUUCAGUGGUGAGUAGCUCAUCUUCUUGGUUGGUUUUCUGGUUGGUCUUUUUAUGGUUUAGAAGUUGAGGUUUCUUAUUGUUGUUGGUGGUGUUUGAGUAUGGUCAUUUAUUGUUUUCCUCAUUUCAUUUCUGUUCUGAUGUGGGAAUGUGUUCAGUGUAACUUUUUUUUUGAAUUACAUGCUGUAGCAUUAAAUUUGACUAAUAUAAAUAAUUUUU